AUGCCGUACCAAAAAUUCAGGCCUGCUAAACAAUGGGGUAGGGCAAACACUCGAUAUUUUAAAAGUGUUUACGCGAAUAAACUGAAGGAGCGUAUGCCAGUGUUUAGGGUUCCGGAUGUGCUUCAGAAAAUUGGAGCUGUGAUUUAUGAUCCUAACGAUGUCGACUUUCCAAAACCGAGGCAAAAGUUUGACACAGUUCUUGAUCAUCCAGCUUUUAGAACUCCUUCUGUUGAAGAGAGUUCGUUUUUUAAAACUAUCAAGUGUAACAUGUUUAAUGGCACCAUUCCUUUCACCGAUGGCAUUGACCAAGCAUGUGCGUUGAGUAAGGCUGUAAAACGAACUCAUUUCCUACCGGUUGUUUUACAGAACGCAAUGAAAAUUGUUAAAACAAAUGAUAUCAAAGAAAAGCUGUCUGAGCUGAUUAUGCGUGGAGAGCGGUAUGACCCAACUCUGGAAAAACUGCCAAGACGAUUUGACCCGAUUUUGUUCUGGGCUGUGUACCCCAGGAAACACGGAACUCCUGCCAUUAAAAAAGGCAAUAUUAUUUUGGAAAAUCUUUACCGACAUAUUGUAUCACUUGCAUCUCAAGCGGAUCAGCUAAGUGAAUUAAGACAUGAUCUUGACGGAACACUGAAUUGCGAACUAAUUGUUGGGUGCGAAAAGAAUCCUUUCGUUUUAAGAACUAAACCACAUAUUGUGGUGCAGUCUCCUUCUUUAAUUAAUCCGUGGGCUAAUCCUGAGGCAAUUGAAGAAACAAGGAAAGAGGAUGUUCCGGAUGUCAAUCCAAUAGAUCCGAAAAUUGACUUAGUGCCAGAGCAUGUUUACAGCGGCAUUACAGAAUUACCUCGUAUUAGUUUUCCUCUUCAUUUGGAUACUAUUAUGUGGACUCGAGAACAAGAUCAAAAAUACCCAUGGACUAGAGAACAGAAUGCUGCAAACGCUAUUAUGUAUUGUUUUGGUGCUGCCGUAGCGGAAGCUAAACGUAUGGGUAACGUGAAAGCUGGAGUGUUGGAAAAACCAGUUGUUACUCGUGCAGUUCAAUUGGUUAAAGGCAUGAUGGAUUUUGUGGUGUUCCAGUUAAAUACACUGGAUCUUAGUAAUAAAAAAGACGACAUAAAAAAUAUAGUUUGGGUUGAGCAUGCACAGAGACUGUAUAAGCCUGGAUUUUAUUAUGAGAACUAUGAAGCUGUUGUGGAUCUUAACGUGGAAACUUUUCAUAAAAUGCUUGGAUUAAUGGUAACACGAUAG